AUGGAGCCGAUAUUAUCUCAAGGUUACGGGUAUGGUUUUGCUUUGGGAAUUGGAGCAGGGUUCGCUUUUUUGAUGGCAGUUAUUUCGAAACUGUUAUCCACGAAGCUGGGCCAAACUCAAACUUCUGAAAGAUUUUCUACUGCGUCCAGAAGCGUUGGAUCAGGUCUAAUCGCAUCAUCUACAGUUUCGGCAUGGACUUGGCCUGCAACACUUUUAGUUUCUGCUACCUGGUCUUAUGUUUAUGGCGUUAGCGGCGGCUGGUUAUACGCCGUGGGCGGUACCAUACAGAUCACGUUGUUCACGAUGUUGGCAAUUCAAAUUAAAUUGCAUGCCCCAUCAGCGCACACAAUAUCUGAAACUUUACGCAUUCGAUUUGGUGCUGUGGGCCAUAUUGUUUACCUCUGCUACUGUGUAGCUACAAAUGUGGUCGUGUCUUCCCUUUUAUUGUUAGGGGGGUCACAAGGUUUUGCGGCUACAACAGGAAUGCAUAGUGUUGCGGCGAGCUUUCUUUUACCACUUAAUGUCAUCGCAUACACUGUUUUAGGCGGCUUAAAUGCAACUUUCAUUUCAGAUUGGGUCCACACGGUUAUAAUCUACGUUGUGUUGAUCGUUUCAGCGUAUCGAGUUUAUUGCAGCUCACCUCUGAUUGGGUCGCCAGGGAAAAUGUGGGAGCUUUUGAAAGAGGCCGAACAACUGUUCCCAGAGGCAGCCGGUAGCAGCUUUCUUUCCUUUAAGAGUAAAGACCUAAUUUUACUGACUUGGUCAGUUAUGCUCGGAGGCCUUGCUUCCGUUUUUGGCGAUCCAGGUUACUCACAGAGAGCCAUCGCAUCAAAUUCCUCCAGUGUAUUCAAAGGUUAUAUUUUCGGGAGUAUCUGCUGGUGCGCAAUUCCUUUCGCUCUAGGGUCCUCUGUAGGACUUGCCUGUCGAGCCCUUUUAGGUAAUCGAGCGUCGGUGACGUAUCCCAACCCAUUGAGUUCUCAAGAAGUCAAUUCUUGUCUCCCGCUAAUUUAUGGUUUGGCUUCAAUUUUCGGUAAGAGUGGCGCAGCCGCGGGGCUUUUGAUUCUCUUUAUGUCUGUUACAUCAGCAACGUCGGCGGAAUUGAUUGCCUUCUCGUCAAUCAGCACUUACGACCUCUACCGGGCGUAUAUUCAACCUAAUGCGACAGGCAGACAGCUCGUGAGAAUAUCUCAUAUAAGCGUUUUGGUUUUUGGCAUUUUUACGGCAGUCCUCGCAGUUGUUUUCAACUAUGUUGGGGUUACCGUGUCUUGGUUACUAAGCUUUACUGGUAUUUUGUUGAAUCCAGAAGUCCCCGCCGUUGUACUUUCUUUAUUUUGGCCAAGAAUGACGAAAUGGGGACUCAUUUUUGGUACUCCUUUAGGGACAAUAUCAGGAAUUGUUUGUUGGCUUGGUGCAACUUACAGAUACGCCGACGGCGUGGUGAACAAAAAUACAGUUAUGACAACAGAGGCAACAUUUAUUGGGAAUAUUGUAAGUCUAUUUUCUGGUGCCUUUUUCAUCAUCUUGAUUUCUUUACUAAAGCCUGAAAAAGGCGUCAGCAUCGCAGAAAUUGAAAACAAGCUCAUUCUCGCAGAUGAUGGGGAAAUUGAACUCAAAAGUGCUGUGAAACUGAGCGACGAUGAGAAGAAAAAACUUCGCUCUCAAAGCAAAAUUUGUGUCUUUAUCAAUCUAUUCGUUUUGCUCGGAGUUUACAUCGUGCUGACCUGUGUGUUGUAUGGUUGGGGUGGUGAUUUGAGUAAGGGUUCAUUUACGGCCUUCAUGGUUGUGAUGUUGAUUUGGAUUUUGAUUGCAGCACUUUACAUCGUCUUCUUGCCUCUUUGGCAAGGAAGAAAGUCAAUCCAAAUCAUCAUGUGGUCUCUAAUGGGGAAAGAGCGGCAAUUCAAAGAAAAUGGAUAUAUCUCGAACUCAUCCGAAUCUUCACUAGUAAAUGAAGUGGUCAAUAAAACGUCAGAGCUCGAAAAAACUGAUUAUAUUAAGUAA